AUGGUAAAGAAGAUAUACCACAAGAAGAAUGUUCAUAGUUGGCGCGACUUAGAUGGCCGAGCAGAACCUCUCCACGCUCGCCCAUGUCCUCUCAAGCCGCCCAACACACCAUCCCAUCUCAUUCCAUCUGCAUCUCACCCAUCCCACCUCACCACACUUGCAUUCCAUCACUACCAUCAUUCCACUGCAUUCACCAUUCUUCAAGUAACACCAAAUCAGAAAAGGAGUUAUAGCCAAAAGAGUGAAGGCUGCUCCAGACGGCCAUAUCGAGAAUCAGCGCCGAACGCGCAGACCGGCUGGCCGAGGAACGAUGUUCCGCGCUCGGCCAAAACCGAUUCCGUCCGACUGAAGUCUCGGCCAAAGUUCAAGCCAUCCGGCCGAUCACGCAUACGACCCGGGAAACAUUGUCCCGCGGUCGGCCAAGCAACGUCACGCCAGCCGCGCACGACCAAGCGCGCGAGCCGGGAAACAAAGCCUCGCGGCCGCGCAACUCGUUCCGCGUACCACGGCCGAUGCAUCCGUCCGAGCCGGGAAGACGUCCCACGUCCGGCCGAGAAACCAUCGGCCAAAUCUAUCCGCCCGACCAAGCCGGCCGACCGUAAACAUCCGGCCCGACCGUUCCGACUCGCCAAAGACCCGACUGUCCGGCCGACCGUCCCGACGACCGUCCGAACGCCGCGGUCGACCCGAAGCCGUUUUUGA